UUACAUUCCACUUUAUUAUUAGCUUACGACAAUUGUAUUUUUUUUAAAGUAAUUUAUUGGAUUUAUGUUAACUAGUAAAAGUACAAUUUAUACAACUUACAUUAUAUUCAUAUGAAUUAGACCGUGCCAAUAUAUAAUAUUUGAAACAUAUUUCUAGCACAUUAGGUUAGAUUCUACCCGGUAGUAUAAAAAUUAUAUAAAAAACAAACAUUUUAGUAUGAAGGAAACACAAGGAAAAGUAGAUAUAUAUCGUGACACACCUGUCAGAUACUUGGGAUAUGCAAAUGAGGUAGGAGAAGCCUUCAGGUCUCUAAUUCCAAAUUCAGUAGUAUGGUUCAGUUACAUUGUAUCUACUGGAUAUGUUUUUGCAGAUACAAUUGACAAAGGUUUACAAGCCUAUCAUAAAAAUCCAAACGCAACAAAAGAUGUUCUAAUUUCUAUGAGUGAUACUUUACUAUGGCAAUCAUUUGCAUCAGUGAUUAUUCCUGGCUUUACAAUUAACAGAAUUUGCACUGCUGUUCAAUAUGUACAAAAGAGUAAUGUGGCCUUAAAAAGUCGAUGGAUUCCCACAAUUGUUGGUUUGGCAUCCAUACCUUUUAUAAUACAUCCUAUAGAUGCUGCUGUGGAAGAAGCAAUGAAUAUGACUUAUAGAAAGUGGAUAGGAUAUUAUCCUAAAUGACCACUACUUUAAAAUGUGUAUAUGAAGCUGUAGGAUUUGCUGAAAGUAUAUUUUAAGUUUGCUUAUUGUUAGUUUGAAAGGGAAAUACUGCAUUAUUGCAGUUGAAAAUUGUAUACAUUUUGUUAUAUUGUACAUAUUAAAUUUUGUUUCAAUAUUAUAAAA